AUGUUCAUCUACAGCCUCGCACUAGUAGCGGCCGUUAUAUUUCUAGGGCUGAAGUACAUCUACUCGUACUGGGAUCGCCAUGGUAUCGCUAAUAUCCAGCCAAAUAUUCCGUUCGGCAAUCUACAGACUGUCGCGAAGAAAAAGGAGUCAUUCGGUGUCGCCAUCAACAAUUUGUACCACCAAACGUCCGAUCGGUUCGUGGGAAUAUAUCUGUUCUUUCGCCCUUCGCUGCUUAUCCGUGAUCCGUACCUCGCGAAGAGGAUCAUGGUAAACGAUUUCCAGCAUUUCCACGAUCGUGGUGUUUACUGCAAUGAACAAGGAGACCCUUUCUCGGCGACCUUAUUCGCGCUGUCCGGUCAGCGGUGGAAGAGCUUACGCAGCAAGCUUACGCCUAUCUUCUCCUCCGGACAACUACGUCAAAUGAUGCCAACCUUUCUAAACGUAGGGCACGCGCUAGUGAAGGAGUUAGACACGCUGACGGAGCAGCCAAGUGUGCAAGACAUGCGAACACUAGCGUCACGGUUUGUAAUCGACGUGAUUGCGUCCGUAUUUUUCGGAUUCGAGUCACACUGCAUUCAGAACCCUGAGGAUCCUUUCUUCGUAACGCUAAACAGCAUCCUGCACUCGGUUGGGUUCGUUAAUAACAUCCGUUGGGCCGGCCUUUUUGUUUGUCCAAUGCUCUUGAAGCUUAUGCGUCUCUCUUCGCUACCACCGAAUGUGAUCAAAUUCGUGAUGGAAAUAAUCACGUCACAGAUCGAGUACAGGGAAAAAAAUAAUAUUACCCGCAAAGAUUUCGUGCAGCUCUUGAUCGACCUUCGCCGUGAGGCGGGCGAUAGAACAGAGGAGUCACUCACCAUCGAACAGUGUGCCGCAAAUGUGUUCUUAUUUUAUGCGGCCGGAUCAGAGACGUCGAGCGCAGCGAUCAGCUUUACACUCCACGAGCUUAGCCAUCAGCCUGAAGCCAUGGCAAAGCUACGGCAAGAAGUAGACGAUAUGAUGGACCGGAAUAAGGGUACGAUCACGUACGAGAAUAUCCAAGAACUGAAGUACCUGGAUCUGUGCGUGAAGGAAACACUCCGCAAGUACCCUGGGCUACCGAUUCUCAAUCGGGAGUGUACGAAAGAGUACCGAGUUCCCGACAGUGACGUUGUUGUUCAGAAGGGAACGCAACUCAUCAUAUCACUGCUGUCGAUCAGCAGAGACGAGAAGUAUUUCCCAGAUCCGGACCUCUAUUCACCGGAACGGUUCGAAACGAACAACUACGAACCCGAUGCCUACUAUCCUUUCGGUGCCGGACCGCGCAUCUGUAUCGGCAUCCGACAAGGCGUGUUGCUGACCAAAAUUGCACUG